AUGUCGGGAUUCAGCUUCGGCUUCUCAGGAGACGACAUUGACAUUGAUGAUGCGGACGUCCAGGUGGUUGACCAGCAGCGUGUGGGCCAGGAAGCCGAUACUACCUCUACACUCCCAGAAUUGGUGCAGGCCCAAAGGCAUGAAAUGCAUGAAUGGCUCCCCACUCUCCCAUCUCAAAUCUCAUACAACAAAUGUAUAGUUAGCUCGGCCCAGGGAGACGGUACAAGAGCAGGCAUCACUGUUGCGCGCCGUGACGUCUUCGACAUCCGAGCCCAGCUAAUGGUCGAAGAUAGCGCCGAGGAGCAAAACGCCGAACUCAUUGCGGGGCUAGAGAAGGGCGAUAUCAAGCCUAAUUUCUACGAGGGAGGCUUCAAGACGUGGGAGUGCUCGAUUGAUCUGGGGAAGUUUGUUGCGGGUGAGAAUAUGGGGGAUGCAGAUAAACAUGUUGUCGAGCUUGGAGCUGGUACCGCGGUGCCCUCAUUGACGCUGUUUGCUCAGCUGCUUUCGCGGACUGAGGCUGUGACGAAAAGGACGCAGUUCACAUUCGCAGACUACAACUCUGCUGUUCUACGUUUGGUCACGCUACCGAAUCUCAUCCUAACCUGGAACUAUCUCGUCACUCGACAUGACGUCUCAUCCUCAGAUCCCCAGACCCAAGAAGAGGGCGAAGCCAACGAAUCUGAAGAAGAAAUGCUAGACAUAACACCCGAUCUUUUAUCCGCCUUCCAGACCGACCUCGCUCGCAGGGGCAUAACCAUCUCGUUCGUCUCCGGCGCAUGGUCACCCGCGUUUGUUGAUUUGGUAUUCUCGUCUCCAGUACUGGUCGGCUUCAGCACGUUGAUUCUUGCGAGUGAGACGAUAUACUCGCCUGCGUCACUGCGUGCUUUCUCGGAGACGCUGCUUGCAUUGCUGAGGCGCCCUUUUGCUGCGGGUGGUAGGGCGCUUGUUGCGGCGAAGAAGGUCUAUUUUGGCGUCGGGGGUGGAGUGGAUGAGUUUUUGGGCGUGUUGAGAACAGUUGGUAGUGGUGAUGGUCUAAGUGUAAAGGUGGAGGAGAGAUUGGAUGUCAAGUCUGAGGGGGUGGGGAGGACGAUUUUGGAGAUUGGCAUUGGCGAAUAG